AUGGCUGAAUUGCCAUCCCUCGCUAUCCGAACCGCAUACGUUGACACACUCCCAUCAUCACCCUGCUCGAACCCCUCAUCAUCGCCCACAUCAUCUUCUUCAUCAUCGCCGUUACUGUCAUCGAGAGAAAUGACAACCCAGUGGCCCAAGAUUGCCAACGUACAAAAUCCCGAGCCCAAGGUUGCUCCGAAACCCGUAGUAGUCGCGCAGUCCAUAGGACAGAAGAUACGCGACGAGCCGAAAGGCAAAGGGAAAGAAACCCUUACAGAAAAUAUCAGGAUGUCGUCAGGUUCCUCUAAACCUAAGAAGUUGACUGGUACUCAGAAACCAGAGAAAGUAGCACCAAUUGAAAUCAAGAAAGAAACCUUCGCGGAAGAAAUCUUGAGAUUAAAAAGAGACUACGGAAUCAAGGACAAGACCACUGAAGCGACUAAAGUAGAAGUCGUGGAAAAAUCGGAGACAACUGAUGAAACAAACAAAGGACCAGUCGAUUCUGGAUUAUCAAAAUCACAAAUCAAGAGACAGAAACAAAAGGAAGCUAGAUUAGCGAGAGCUUCUUUAGUGAAAGUCUCAGAGCAGAAACCCACUGCCGAAACAAAUAAGGUAAAGGAGCAGAUCCUCCCUGCUUUACCAAAUGAGAAGACGGAGCAUGAAACCGUAGAGGAGGUUGCAAAACCUAUCGAAGAGUCGUUGUCCGACCUAGAUAAAAUAAUCGCAGAAAACAUGCUAAAACGCGCAAUGGAAACAUUAGAGGCGCUAAGAGUUGCUGAACGCCGAAAGGCCGAGGAAGCAGCAGAGAUACUCCGACAGAUCAAGGAGGUCUCAGAGGUUGUUAUGCCACCAACAAUAGAAAAGGCAAUGGAUGUAGUCCGUAGGACAGAAGAAACAUCCAAGGUUGAAAUACCUAUUGAAAUAGAAGGUGCAGUCCGUAGGACAGAAGAGGCACCAGAGAUACCGGUUGAAAGUCCGAGGACCCCAAACAUCUUAUACCGUUCCCCACGACGAAAGUCCGAGCCAUACCCAGAAGGCGAAGACGAAGUCCCAGAGAGCUAUAAAGAACUGAAGAUAGAGAUCGUCAAGAAGACCAGGAAUGGAAUCACCUGGCAGUAA